AUCUCAGAAGCUCCGCCCUCCGUCACGGGAUUGGGCAUGCGGGCAUGCGGAUUGGGGUGCACAGUGGUGUCCAAUCGCUUUGGCGCCUGCGGCUCAGUCAGGUGUGCGAGCGCGGAAGGCACUCCAGCGAGUAUGGCGAGCUGGUGGCGUGCGUUUCCACGGGCGGCGCGGCGCUAUCCGUGGCCCACCAACGUGCUGCUCUAUGCUGGGCUCUUCUCGGCGGGUGAUGCGCUGCAGCAGCGGCUGCGGGGAGGCCCGGCUGACUGGCGCCAUACUCGGCGCGUGGCCACUCUAGCCGUAACCUUCCAUGGCAACUUCAACUACGUGUGGCUGCGCCUUCUGGAGCGCGCACUGCCCGGCCGCAGGCCGCGCACGGUCCUGGCCAAGGUGCUGUGCGAUCAGACUGUCGGUGGGCCGAUUGCCCUCUCGGCCUUCUAUGUCGGUAUGAGCAUUCUCCAGGAAAAGGAUGACAUAUUUUUGGAUCUAAAGCAGAAAUUCUGGAAUACAUAUAAGAGUGGUCUGAUGUACUGGCCUUUUGUGCAGCUGACCAACUUCAGCCUUGUCCCUGUGCACUGGAGAACAGCUUACACGGGACUGUGUGGUUUCCUCUGGGCCACCUUCCUAUGCUUUUCACAGCAGACCGGCGAUGGUACAGUGACGUCCAUGUUCAUCUUCUUUCGCAGGAAGGAGGCAGGUGACAGGCCCCCAGAGAAGUGAGGAGUCCAGGGCUCCCUUCAAGACUCAGUUUUGUUUCUCCAUUGCUCUCAAUCACCUGCAGCAGGCCUGCUACACUGACCAGUUAUAAUGGGCUCCAUCACGAAGAAUUACUUAUUCCAUAGACCCACUGUUUUGAAAUUAUCAAUAAUCGUUUUAACCAUUAUCCAAACCUUUCCUAUUCAUUUGAGUCUGAAAGUCUAUUUCCCUGAUGUUUUUUUAUCUAUAAUGCUUUGGUUAAAAUGACAACAGUGACAGGUGACAUUUUGGAGUUAUUAAUAUUUCUAUUCUACUAUCAGGGCAGUUUUGAUUGUUUGUAUUUCUAGCCUAAACUCUCAGGCUAUUUCCUACAUGCUUUGGGAUCAAGUUGCCUUUUGUCCUUAUAGUAAGUUUCUAUCUAUAUAAAAUUCAGUCAAGAAGAUUGGAUAAUCAGCCUCCCCAAAUACUCCAUACUAGUUUAUUAUUACACCAACACUAAAAUUCUGUAAGCAGAUGUUUUUAUCUUCAAAAAGGGAACAGUGUUGGAUAUCUUCUAUAUAGAAUAUUUUACUACUUUUUUUUUUUUUAAAGAUUGGGUCUUUCUUUGUGAACUCAGGCUGCCCUGGAACUCACUGUGUACUCCCAGGCUGGGCUUCAACUUUCCAAGAGCUGAGAUUAUAGACAUGAGCCAUCAUGUCUUACUCUUCUACUUUUAUAUUAAACCAUCCAAGUGCAGUGCUCUUUAAUUGAAGCCUUCUAGCUUCGAGAAGAUACAGUUGACCAAAGCACUCUAGUUCCUACAUUAUGAAAUAAAAUAUUUGGUUUCUUAAAGAAAUACAUUAAAUGGAAAAGUUAGAAAACUAAUCAUUUCCUUUCUCCCUAAGGAAGAGCUGUAGUCCAUACUGUACCAGUGUACACAGUUUGCAGUAAUCCUCCUGCCUCUACCUUCCAAAAACUGGGAGUAUAGACAUGAGCCACCCUGCCUGGCUUUGUGUAUGUGCAUGGUCCUAAGGAUAGAACCCAGGGUAUUGCACAUGCCAAGCAAGUGCUCUGUCACCAGCUGCACCCCGGGAUGCUAACAAUAUUCUUUUACAAUUCAGUGCUUUAAAACUCAGUAUCUUUAUACUUUGAAGUGGACAUAGAAACAUUAGUUGAUCUUUCACAUUUGUUCAGUUUGUCGAAUCUCAGCCAGCCACCAUCAGGUUUCAGAAUUAUCUAAAUAACCAGGUGUGCAGGUGUGUGCCAUCUAUUUGGGAGACUAAUGGAGGAGGAUCACUUCGGCCCAGGAGUUCAAGACUGUACUGGACAAAACAGCAAGUCCCUUUCUCAAAACCACAAAAAUAAAAAAAUUAAACUAUGAUUGUCUCAAGAAAUUCCAGCAAUCUCACCUAAAACUUGCCCCCAUGGUUCUGUUGCUUCUACAGACAUACUUGACAGAUUUCAAGAUGUGAAACCCUGAAUUCUGAGUUUAUCUUGAGAAUGUAUAUUUAAGGUCAUUUUUGGAAUUCAUACUUAAAUUUCUUAGCAUGUAAUUUAUAUGGCUUGUAAUAUGUUUGUAUAAAUUAUGAGCAAGUACGUUCUAAGUGUCUAAGUUAUUGGAAUGUAAUAGAUAUUAAUGUGUUUUACAUUAGGGCAGCAGUAAGAACUUUUCUUGACUGUAUGGUUUUGGAAGUUGGGU